CUGGGGUGAGAGAAUCGGUUUCACUCUUUGUCACUACUGAAUUGGGGGCGGAGGAAUCUAGAAAACCCACUGCAGCCCGCUAUAAAAAGAAAAAGGGUUAGCGGGAAGAGAGCAAAGAGAGUGAGUGUAACAGAGAGAGAGGGAGAGGGGAAGAGAAGUGGGGGCAGAAGAGACAGAGAGCAGCAGCGCUCUAGCCGGUGCCGAGAGAACACUGUCACUCACUGCCUGUCUGUCUCUGGCUGCCCUCAGUGUACCGGAGGAGAAGGCUGGCUGUGGGUGAGCGUGUGCCUGAGUGUGUGGAUAACCCUGACUCGGGCUCUGACUCCAGGACUACAGUCCCAGGGGUUGCUCUCCUGGCUCCCCAAACUAGAGCCUUCUAACCUGAAACAGGAGGACGUGUGCUCUGACACAUUACAGUGCAGGGGCUCAGACAAAAGGCGAGAAAGACAAGGGGAGAAGGAGCAAAAACAGGAGGAAAAACCAAAGCCAGACAACUAACCCAGGAGGUGUGUGCAUAUAUGUUGGGGGGGAAUAACCCGACCCUUCCAGCCCUCUAGGGCCCUUGACUUCGGGCUGAUUUGCAUUUUCUCCCCCCUGGCUGAUUGGAGGAAGGACGAAGGAGGGCUGACUGCGAAGCUCCUUCCCAAGUUAUCUCCGGCCGGGCUGCUCAGCUGGGCUCUGCAUCACCUUGGGGCACGCCUUCUGGGGUGGGGAGGCGCUUCGCAUCUUACUGCUUCCACUGUCUGAAGAAUUUUCCCUACUCCAGAAGAAACCGGCCGUUGAGAAGUGACCUCUGGUCUCGAAACUCCCAGCCUGAAUGGUUAAGACUGAGUUUGCACUUUUUACUCCAGUUUCCUGAAGUAACUCAAGGUUUGGGGGACAGUGACUGAGAUUCCCCUCUCGCUUCUUGGGCCGUUUGCUGCCUCUCCUUUGGAGGACAAAUUCUGGGUUUCAUUGCUUCCUUCCUAUUUCUUCCCCCUCCCCUCCUAGUUUUUUACCUUUCCUGGGGGCCCCUCUUGCCCUUGCGCGGAGAUGACCCUUAUGAUGUGGAAUAAGGAGUCCUCCCGCUGCCUCCUUUUACUAGCCGCGGUCCUGAUGGUGGAGAGCUCCCAGCUGGGAAGCUCCAGAUCCAAACUGAACUCCAUCAAGUCGGUCCUGGGCGGGGAGACCCCGACUCAGGCAACCAAUCGAUCUGCAGCCGUCUACCAAGGACUGACUUUCGGCAGCAGUAAGAAGGGCAAAAACCUGGGGCAGGUAGGAAAAUCUUCAAAACACAAUCAUCAGCAAGGAGAGGCUUACCCUUGUAGCAGUGAUAAGGAAUGUGAAGUUGGAAGAUAUUGUAACAGUCCCCACCAGGGUUCUUCAGCUUGCCUGGUGUGCCGGAGAAAAAAGAAACGCUGCCAUCGAGAUGGCAUGUGUUGUCCGGGUACCCGCUGCAACAACGGUAUCUGUAUCCCAGUCACUGAAAGCAUCUUAACACCUCACAUCCCUGCAUUGGAUGGCAUGCGCCACAGAGAUCGCAAUCACGGUCACUACUCACAUCAUGACUUGGGCUGGCAGAAUCUAGGAAGACCACAUUCUAAAAUGUCACAUAUAAAAGGACAUGAAGGAGAUCCCUGUUUACGGUCAUCAGACUGCAUGGAAGGGUUUUGCUGUGCUCGUCACUUCUGGACCAAGAUUUGCAAACCAGUGCUACAUCAGGGGGAGGUGUGCACCAAGCAGCGCAAGAAGGGCUCUCAUGGCUUGGAGAUCUUCCAGAGAUGUGACUGUGCCAAAGGCCUGUCUUGCAAAGUAUGGAAAGAUGCCACCUACUCCUCCAAAGCCAGACUCCAUGUGUGUCAGAAAAUAUGACCCAAAAUGAGGAAAACAUCCCUAGUAGACUGUGAAUUUGUGUAUUUAAUGCAUUAUGGCAUGGUGGAAAAGAAGGGUGGUAAUGAAGUAGGAGGGCUCAAAUGAGAAUUGUGAUUAAGGGUACAGAUCACCAAAAAAGGAAAAUAAACAGCCAACCACAAAAGUCCCCAAAAUGGUUUGGAAUGGUUGGCCAAUGCCCAAUGCUGGAGUGUUUCCAUUAUGCAAACUUGUUAAUGUAAAUAAUGUAAACAUUUGUGAAAAUGCUAUUAAAAAAGGCAUGAAGUGGAAAUUACUGACAUUUAUCAUGUGUCUUCCAAUGAAUUUAGUCUGUGCCAAAAGAUAGGUUUUAAUGAGGACACAAAUGGCCAUUGAAAUAACGAACAAAUUGCAUUUCCAUAUAAAGCCAGAUUUGAAUGAAUAUUAUUCUUGAAGUUCAUGUUGGCAUUAUGCCAGAUGCUGGAAAAUGGCAAGAGUUAGAGCAAUGGGAUUAAAGGUAGACAGUGUCUGAAUUGCACGCACAAUCCAAAUUUUCAAUAAAAAUGCUGUACAUGGAAGGAUUAAGUUUAUUCCAAGGAGAGUUAUUAAAAUCCUGACACUUUCAGAAAUGGUAGAACUCCUCUUCCUCCUCCUCCUCCUCCUCCUCCUCCUCCUCCUCCUCUUCCUCUUCUUCUUCUUCUUCUUCUUCUUCUUCUUCUUCUUCUUCUUCUUCUUCUUCUUCUUCUUCUUCUUCUUCUUCUUCUUCUUCUUCUUCUUCUUCUUCUUCUUCUUCUUCUUCUUCUUCUUCUUCUUUCCUUUCUUUCUUCUUUAAAACAACUAGAUUCUUCUGAUCUAGAAGAAAUCAUGUUUUAUUUCACUUAUUUCAAUUCCUAAUCUAUGCAUGGUUUUCCUGGCUGUGUUAGGAAGGAAGGAAAGAAGGAAGGAAUAAAAACUGAUUUAUAAAACAAUUUUAUCUUCCUCACACAAUGAGGAAGGUAGCAAGUUUAGAAGAAAAUAAUUCUUUUUUUCAAAUUUUAAAGUCCUCUAAUUUUUCAGAGAUUCAGACCAAUAGAUAUAUUCACUGGCAAAAAGCUGAAGUUCUGUAAAGUAGCAUAGGUAAAAUGGAAAAGGAAUCUAAAUCUGUUUUCAGUAGCUCAAAACUAUUUCCUCUAAUUCCAUAGUCUCUAAAAGCUUUACCCACUUUGCUUCUCUCCCUAAUAUGAUCCUUUACCACAUUCUUUCUCUUCUAAUGGUAAAAGUGGAAAAGUUUUUGCCUGUCCUUGCAUGAUAUCAAAGCACAAAGGGGAAAGGACAAAUAUUCAGGCAAGUAUUCAGCUAUUUCACAUUAUUUCUGAGUCAUCUGACUGAAUUUUCAUCUUUUAGCACAAAUAUUAGACUUCAUGAAGAUUGGACCUAUGUGAAAGUAGGACGCUUGGAAUCUCACUAGUGCUUGGUCAGUUUGCAUCAAUAUCUGGUGCACUGCAAAGCCUCUUUAAUGAAACUUACAAUCAGUAAAAAAAAAAGUCUGGACAAACUAUAGCACAAAGAAAAAUGAAACAGAUGAAGAAUGACAAUUGUCAAUGGUAUUUUCCAGUGAAUAGAAUUUAUUAUCUCAGGAGAGAGCAAUCAGAUGCCCUUCCCAAGUGGUUUAACUGCUGAGGCAACUAAGGGAUCUUAUUACUAGGUAGUGCCAUGUCAAAACAUUCCCAAAGAAAACAUCAUCAUUGCAUUCCAGUGCAUAAGGCAACUGUCUUGACAUGGUAGAUUUCUUUGUGAGAAAUUUUUAUCAUCUAGCAUGCUCUCUAAGCAAUUAAGAUCAUCAAGUAAGUAGGUUGUGCUUUUUAUCCCUCAUGGAGAUGGAAGGGGGGAGGGGAUCUCUGCCAGGUUCUUAAUCUCCUGAUAUUCCUAUGUCUGAAAUCUCUAAGUUUCUCUUCGCCCUGUUUCAAGAUUUCUUUCUGAAUAUCAUUGCUAGAGUACAAAAAAAAAAAAACAGAGGAAAAUACUCUUAAACUAUCUCUUUUGACUUCCCACUUUUAGAUCCACAGCCACCUCUUAAUCACUUCUCUCUGAACUGUCUGAUCCCCACCUGCUGACUCAAACUCAUUUUUUUUUCAUUAGAUGUUGGAACUGAGCCUGCAUAUCAGUUGGGAAUCUGAGCUUCCACCCACACUUAAAUAGAAUGAUUAAGAUUUACAAAUGUUCCCCACAUGUCUGAUAAAAAAAGAAGUUAUAGAUUAUUUGCCAAUCUAUGCAAGUAAGAUCCAGAGUGUGUACAAAUAGGCUUCUGUCAGUUUGAAGAAGUGAAAAAAUGCAGCAUUUCCAUAAAACAUUUCCUAUGCAUCAAUUACAUUUAUAUGCUGGCUUCUGCAUGACUUCCCUUGUGUCUGCUCUACCCUAACCCUUCAAAAAUGAUUAUUUGAAGUAAUUUAUUUACAGGGAAUGUUUAAUGAGAUGUAUUUUCUUAUAGAGAUAUUUCUUACAGAAAGCUUUGUAGCAGAAUAUAUUUGCAGCCUGUUGACUAUGUAAUUUAGGGGAAAUGUAUAAAUAAGAUUAAAUAUAUUAAAUGUUUUUUUCAAAUACCA